AUUACUGUUUUGAUCCUGUUUAAUUCGCGCGCUGACAACGCGUGAAGAUCACGAAGAGUAUUUUUUUCGACUCUGUUUUAUGCAUUCGACGUUAAAUAGUUUUUUUGUACGAUGACGACCGUGUUCCAAUUUAUCGCAGAUUUUCUGCACUUGUUUUCUGUGUUGCACCUUUUAACCAACCUAAUUAGACGGAAAUCGUGUGGGGGCAUCUCAGGAAAAACGCAAGUACUUUUCGCCCUAGUGUACUCCGCUAGAUACUUAGAUGUAUGGACGAAUUACAUCACAAUUUAUAACAGCGCUUUCAAGAUAACCUACAUCAUUUUGCACUCCGUCAUCGUGGUAUUAAUAUUCGUCAUCUUCAGGAAGUCCUACAGAAAGACCGAAGACACAUUUUUUACGGAAUUGCUGCUGAUCCCAUGUUUCCUGUUAUCACUGCAAUUCAACUAUGACAUGACGUUUACAGAGGUUAUGUGGUCGUUCAGCAUAUUCCUGGAGGCAGUAGCUAUUCUACCCCAAGUCUACAUGAUCUGCAGGCAGAGGGAAGUGGAGAAGAGCUUACUGUACUACAUGGUACCCCUUGGACUCUACAGGCUCUUCUAUAUCUUCCACUGGAUCUACCGUUACUGUACCGAUGGUUAUUUUGAAAUGAUCUCGAAUACUGCGGGGGCCAUGUACGUUUUUGUAUACAUCUGUGCCCUCAUAGGGUUCUUUUUGUGGAAAAUCAAAAUUGACAACGACUGUAACAACGUUUUAAGCAUGAAGAUGUUCUCCGCAAGAGGGAGAGUAUGUGAUAAUGAAACAAAGAUUGACACAAAAAAGCUCCGCAAUGAACAACUGCUAGUUGAAAAGGUUUAGAGAUACUCUAGUACAAUGGGUUCAUUUAGCAUAUUUUUUAAAUUCAUUUUCAGAAAGAAAAUCGUAGUUAGUUAAUGUGCAAAACAGAUUUUUUUUCAACAAUUUCUACCUCAAAAUAAUGAAUGAUUUUUCGAAACGUUAACUAGGUACAAAUAAACAAUUUGAGUCGGCGGGUCGAACUAAUCGAGUGGUGUGACGUCACAAGUGUUCUGUGAAUAGCUUCAAACGUUUUACAAAUUAGAAAUUAUUAAUAAGUAAUGUAAAUAUCGAAUUAUUUAUAAAUAAAUUAUUUUUGACAUUUGUUUUUAA